AUGGCAGAACUCAUUAGUCAAGUAUCAAGCUUGUCCAGCAAAAUCCAAUCAGAAACCAAGUUCUUGGGUGAGCCAGAACAAACAAGUGAAGGUCGUCGUGCCUCCAGUAGAUGGAGCUAUGCCACUCCAAAGUUUAGCAAGUCAAAGGAGGAAAUGUUGAAGGACUUACCAACUGCAUACCCAGCUGUUGUCAACUGUGCAAACUUCUCUAAGCUUGCUUACAAGCCAUUGAGUCAAGGCAAAUCCUACGAUUUGAUUGAUGGUGAUUCAAACGCAAAGAUGUUUAAGGAUGUGUUUGGCUCAAAAGUUGAUGAUGAAUUGACCGUAUUAGAGUCUUUCACUGAUAAAUCUGUCAGUGGAUACUUGGGUAAAGUCGAUUCCUCGAAGUCUAUUGUUGUCGCCUUUAAAGCUGGUCUUGAGUUAUUGACAUCAUCCACUUCCGAUUACAAGCCAUUGACAAAGGCAAAUCCACACUUGUCAGGUUUGAAAGUCAUGUCCACAUUACAAGACUCAUUGAGUGCCUUGGAAUCAAAAUUUGCAAUUGUUGAGACUCUUAAGAGCACCAUGGACAAGUACUCAGGGUACAAGCUGUACAUUGUGGGACACUCCGUUGGUGGCUCAAUUGCAGCACUCUUUGGUUUUGAAGCACAAAACUUGGGUUAUAAGCCAACCAUUGUGACCUUUGGUGCGCCAAAAGUUGGAACAGACACCACCCCAUCAAACUAUCUGAAGAAGAUUGUCAAGCUAUUUGAGAUUCUGAGUGAUGUCAUCGACAAAGCCGACAUGUUUGAGCACAUUACUAGUUCUAAAUUUGCAGUCUUCAUCAACGUUGAAACUGUUGGUGAUGUUGUUCCAACACUACCACUGUCGUUCCAAAAGCUGGGUGGUGUUCCAUUCUUCCUAAAAGAUGUUGCCCCAGACUACCCACAGUUCUUGUACACACAGGAUGUCGACUACAGAUUGAACUCUAGAAGUGCUAUUAGACAAGGCUCAAGAUACAACAAAGGUCUCGUCGAUUCAGGUGCUUCAUUGGAGAGUAAACUCAAAGAGUUGUUUGAAUCUGUUGAAGAUUAUUCCCUAGAAGAGGUUGCAAAGUCGUCAAAGAAAGCUGAUUACUUGGUGAGCUUUGAAACCACUCUCAAGAGCAAGUUGUAA